UUUAGCGAUGCCUCCGUGUCAGGCACUUGCAUCUGUCUUGCCUGAUGGUUGGUCAAAUUCUUUACAAUGCACCUAUGAAACCUUGAUCAGAGUAUUUUUAGAGCAACUAGUUGGAAAAGUGACACUUCGGCAGGUACUUCCGCAGAAGAUGGAUAGUAAGACUGAGGUCAACAGCACCACAGCGCCACCUUCGUUGGAUAAGCGAGAGGAGGAUCACGUCGAGUCACCACAUAUCCCUGUCUACCAGCAUCCUGGCCAGCCACUCCAGGGUGGUGGCUGGCAUGGUGCUCUAAUACGAUACCUGGAUCACACCCCAGAACUCAGGCACUUUAUCUUCUAUGAGACUUCGGAGUGGAUGGCUAUUUAUGACGGCUACCCUAAAGCAAAGGUCCACCUGCUCUUGAUUCCCAAACCCGAAUUCUUGACCAUUAAUUCUGUCACGGAACUCAGCCAUGACAAACACAACAAGCAAAUAAGUAGGCUGCAUUCUGCGGCCCGAUGUAUCGCUACCAAGUUGGAAAAGGACACGAAUGGACUGCGUCUCCGUA